UUGAAAAAGAAGUGGUACGCUGCGGGAAUAGCAGACAGUUCAUGCUGCUCUGCGGUUUGGCUUUUGGCAACCCUGCAAUUUAGUGGACGUUAGAGACAGCAUGUCUGCCGUGCUUUUAUUUGGGGUGAAUAGGACGGGCCGCUGCGCAGGAAGGCUUUUCGCGUGUUUAUAUAAAGGCGAGAGGGCUGCAACCUCGCAUGUGAAACCAGCUGUGCCGAAGUACCCUCUCGGAACCAUGGUUUCGCCGAAGGGUUUGUCGUCUUUCAGACACGGCACGGUGAGAUGGUCCUCUAGUGUGGCAGGCAGGGGCUACGGAAAGAAAGUGCUGGUGGCCGCCGGCGCCGCGGCGGUGGCCGGGCUCCUGGCCGGCGUGUGUCACUUCCAGCGGGCUGAGAUGAGGUCCAAGCCCCGGGGCGACGAGGCGGAGGGCGACAUUCUGGAGAGGUGCAAGGGUUUCAUGUCCGCGCCGGUGACGGACGUCAGGGACCUGCAGAGGAAGAAGGACGACAUGACCACGAGGAUGGAAAUGCUGAUCAUGGAAACGCAAGCCGAGUUCUGCAAAGCGCUGGCCGAGGUGGACGGCGGCGCCUUCAAGGUGGACAGGUGGCACAGGAAAGAAGGGGGCGGCGGGGUGAGCUGUGUGCUGCAGGACGGCAGGGUGUUCGAGAAGGCCGGGGUCAACGUGUCCGUAGUGUCCGGACACCUGACGGAGGAGGCAGCCAAGCAGAUGAGGAGCAGGGGGAAGGUCCUCAAAGGGAGAGAUGGAAAGCUGCCAUUCUGCGCAAUGGGAGUCAGCUCAGUUAUCCAUCCUAAAAACCCCCAUAUUCCUACAGUGCACUUCAACUACAGAUACUUUGAAAUCGAAGAGGCUGAUGGCACGAAGCAGUGGUGGUUUGGAGGCGGCACUGACCUGACGCCUGUGUAUCUUGACAAGGAAGAUGCAGUACAUUUUCACAACACCCUGAAGGAGGCCUGUGACAAACACAACUCAAAGCACUAUCCAGACUUCAAGAAAUGGUGUGACGAAUACUUCUUCAUCAAGCACCGGGGGGAGACGAGAGGGAUCGGGGGGAUCUUCUUUGAUGACCUGGACUCCCCCUCCCAGGAGGAGGUGUUUGCCUUCGUGAGGAGCUGUGCGAAGACCGUGGUGCCCUGCUACCUGCCCAUCGUGCGGAAGCACCUGGGCGAUACCUUCACCCCGGAGGAGAAGGGCUGGCAGCAGGUGCGCCGAGGCAGGUGGGAGUAUAUGCAUGAGCCUCGUAAGGGCACCAGGGAAGCAGAAAUGCUGGAUGUGCUGCGGAAUCCGAAGAACUGGGUCCACUGAUCGGAGGGAGACGGAAAAUUUCCCAGGCUCCUCUGCCUCCCUUGUAAAACUGCUGUCCCCCGAUAUUCCCAAAGACCUUUUGGAACAGCAAUCUUUUACGUGACAGGAGUGAGAGUCAAGCAGCAACAUGGCUGGAGAAGACCUAGGCCAAGAAAAACUAUACAAAUCGUUUAGAACUAUUUUUAUAAUUCUGUGUACAAGAUUAUACUUUUAUUAAGCCUUUGAUUACAGCAAGCUGUGCAAUGUGAAAGACUAACUGCCUGUGCCUGUUUGGAGAGCUGUGUGACGGAAUGUUGCCACGCCUGGCUAUAGUCUGUGUCCCGUCCUUCAUGUUGUAUGUGGUUUUCUUCUGCUGGUGUUACUUUGGGCUCCGGAAUGAAGAUAAACAAGUUUAACUUUAGCACAGCGGAGUCUAAAAGCUGACGACAAACUACACGAGUGUAAGAGAACAGCAGUAUGGAAGUAAUUUGCCUAAUGUUUUGUACAAAGAAAGGAAAUUUAAUUUUGAUAGCUGUCUGAUUGGUGCAAACAAUGCCAAAUGUGUGAGCAAAAUAAAAUUAUGCAAUAUUUCAGGUUAGUUAUUUUGCUUUUAUUCUUUACCAGUCUUUUUCAGCCAAGUUUUUCUUUUUUGGGGGGUAGUUUUGGGAAGUACCAUGUGAUCUCUUUAAAUCUCUGUAUGUGUUGUCUUCGGUGUGCCUUAAUUAGAAUGUAAAACCUUAAAUGUUUUGUUAACUGCCUGUCUCCUAGAAACAUUUUCUUUCAUUUUUCUUUCCUGUGUUAUCAGAUUUUAAACUGUGAUUUAGUACAUACAGUAAACACCAUUAAAACAUCACUUUUUCAAUUAA